AUGGCGUCCCUUGGUAGCGAGUUCCUGGAAAUUCAAAGUCGGGACCUCUUCCGAAUCAGUAGGAAGCUCACCCGCCCCGUUCUUUCCGGAGCACCAACCCUCUGCACGGAAGGAGAGAUUUGUUUCGGCUGCAGUGAGGUGAUCGUUGACCGUUACCUGCUCCAGGUGAGCGGUCAGUCCUGGCACGUGAACUGCCUCAGGUGUUGCGUCUGCCAGAUGGCAUUAGAUCGUCAGACGUCGUGUUACAUGAAGGAUGGGAGUGUUUACUGCAAAAUGGACUACAGCAGAGAAUUUGGAACAAAGUGUGCAAAAUGUUACAGAAACAUCCACUCCAAUGAUUGGGUUAGAAGAGCACGUGAUCAUGUGUAUCAUCUCGCGUGUUUUGCAUGUGACAGCUGUAAGCGUCAGCUCUACGGAGAGGAGUUUGCACUUCAGGAUAACCGAGUUUUGUGCAAAACCCACUACAUGGAGAUGGUCGAGGGAGGCUCGAAUAAAGAUUCCGGAUUCUUUGACUGUGAGAAUUCCCAGAAGUCGAAAACGAAGCGAAUACGAACAACUUUUAGUGAAGAACAAGUGCAGGUGCUCCAAGCAAAUUUCCAGCUAGACAGUAACCCGGAUGGACAAGACCUGGAGAGGAUCGCGCAAAUUACCGGAUUAAGCAAAAGAGUUACACAAGUCUGGUUCCAGAACUCACGCGCCCGCCAAAAGAAGCAUCAGCAACAACAACAACGGGGGUGCGGCACUGGGGUCUCCAGCCCAAUUUCCAUGGGCUCCCCUAAUUCAAACACAACUCCCCCACACUGGCGACACAGCGCGGACAGCGGCCAUUCCAGUGAUGGCAUGUCCUUUUCCGACUAG